AUGCCCACGCCUGAGCAGUGGCUUAUGCAUGUUGACCAGGAAUCAUUCUACAUAAACAAACCUUAUCGGCCAGACAUCCAGGAACGCACCAUGCCAUCCCUCAGUGAUGCCCACCAUCUCUUGCAACUCGCUGAUGUCACCCGAGAUAGCAUCCACCGCAUCAUUGCAGAAUGGGCGAAGCUUCCUGAGUCUUCGGGCAACAGCCAGACGAGCGUAGAUGAAAGUGAAGCAAGCCUUCCAAGUCGUGAGCUAUUUGAAGCACAACGCACUCUCAUCGGCGCGACCGGAAAACUAGUCGAGCUAGUCUCAUCCCCUGCGAGCCGACUUUUGGAAGUCUCAUCGCAGUAUAAUGAGGCGAGAUGCUUGCACAUUGCAGCAGUUCUCCGAAUCCCGGACAUCUUGGCUGAGAGCGGCGACAAGGGAGUCUCGAUGAAGCAUAUUGCCGAGAAAGUUGGAAUCGAGACAAGAAAGCUUGGUAUGUUGUAA